UUACACAACACCUAUCUGGUGAGUAGAGAUCUUACCUGAUGCAUUUUUCAGAAAACUGGGCUUACUAGGGGCUAAAGUUAAUCUGAAGAGGUGGAUACAUUGUGCCUGUGACAUUCUGAAAGAUCUUUUGACUCCACUCCUCGACGUGUAGCAUAUGAUGUCGUCAGAAAUCGUCCCAGAGGUGGGCGCACCGGAAGACUGUCUAGCGAUGAUUUCGCCCGAUGACAUCGAGACGAUCCGAACUCUCUUCCAGCAGCGGCCUGAUUUGUGGGAGGAUUUCAAGACCCUGACUGAAGUUGUGGACUGUCUGAACGACCACGCAACAGAUUACCAGAAAGUAUACGAUUUGUUAAAGAGAAUCUACCUCAGCACCAGUGUAAAUUCAGAGAAAGGAAUAGAAGCGUUCUCUCUCUUUGCCGCCUGCUUACAGUUUGCAGAGAAAGGUGUGAAGUUUAUGAGGCAGACGAUGAUAAAGAAAGGGCUGACGUACAUCACAAAGUUCACUUUUCAGCACCCAGAUAUCGAAAGUUUAUGUUUAUUUUUAUUAAGAAGCAUGUUUCUUGAUUGUUCAUGCUCUAGCAAGGAGUUUGCCACACAACUUGCAAAGACAGGUGUGCUCCAGGACUUCAUGGAAGAUCUGAAGCACAUGAAGAAUCAGUCAGCUGAGCGUUUGAAGAAAGGUGAAGCUUUCAAACCGGCCAUAGGUAUCAUAAUCAACUGCUGUCGAACCUUUGAUGGAGUAGACAUAGUUAGGGCAAUGAAUAUAAAGGAGGACCUUAAACCUUUUCUUUCCAAAGAUGAUCAUGAUAUUCAAGCACUUGCGUUCUGCACCCUUAGUUUCCUCGUUGAAGACGAUGAACUGGACCUGAUGAAAGUCAACAAAUUGCUGCUGAAAUAUUGUUUCCAGUGUAUAUACGGGGCUGCAGACUCAAAAAGUGAAGGCUAUAAUGGAUGGUUGAUGGAAGAAGUUCUAUCCCUCUUAUCAAGACUCGCCAGGAAUGAUUACAACAAGUGUUUGAUUUUACGAACUGGUGGGUUAAAAAUGCUGGGCAUGGUUCUUGAAAGGAGGACGGAGGUGGAGCAAGCGAAUGCAAUCAAGCUUCUGACUCAGCUUGCAGUGGAAACAGAAGGCAAACUGCUGAUGCAGGCAGAUACCAGUCUUUUGACGACUGUUUCAAAACUAGAAUCGGAUGAGAACAGACCAUUCCGUGAACAAGCUGCUGACCUUCUAAGGACAAUCCACGAAACAAACACGACACCUGUCCAGCAAGAAAUACUAACACUUCUAAAGGACCGAGUGAACGCGCUGGCCAUCCUUGACACCAGUGAGGUCGGCUUUGUGCUCUGUCAGCUUCAGGUCCUCGCCACUGGAGGUCGCCACAGCCACAAGGAUUUCUCCGCCAUUCAGCUUCUAGAAGUCUUGUCACUCUUCGUCAAAAGAGACAAACAGAAACAACAGAUGGCAACUCAAGGACUGGAUACACUGUGCUGCUACCUGAGGAAAGGUGAGGAUGCAGAGAAAAGAUUGGUGCUUGGUAUCGUCCUGGAUAUUGUGUCCGACACGGAGGCUCUCAGAUUGGUAAAGAAUCACUCAGGUUUUGUUGCAUUGCUGGAUGGACUGCGAGCUUCUGAAAAUGAAGAGCUUUCUCAAAAGGCUAAUCUCAUCUUGUGUGCUAUUGACCAGAAAAUCUAGAAACUUGUCGUGUCUGAAGUAUAAUACUCAGUGGUAUUUGUAAGUUAGUGCACAAUAUUAAUGUCAAAGACAGUUACAUUUGGUGCACGCAGCAACCACUGAACAACUGUUCUCCUUUUCAGUCUAUAUAACAUAGAAACAUUGUUCUCUUCAAAUUUCGGAUUAAUAAGCAUUCUUAGUUUUAAGAAUUGUUUUAUACAGUUACUUAUAUGGUUGUCGUUUUACUAUUAUAUAAGGCUUUUCUAAUUUAACCACAGUAACCUGCACUCGCUAAUGCAUUCUUUCUUCAUCUGUGACUGUGAUAAUGCAGGUGAUAAGAUUUACGAAGUGAAUAAUUUUAAUUAUUUUUGGUUAAUCUCAAUUUCAUGUUAAAACUUUUAUUUAUUCUGUUUAAAAUGUAUUCACUAAACUGUUCUCCACUAUACAUUUCAAAAUCUGUGUAAAGCAGAUGAAGACUCAAUAUUUAAUAAAUUACGUAUUAUUGUUAACUUCCCUGUAUUUCUUCUUAUUUCACGCAUAUUUAUUUACAAUAUAGCUUAAUAUAGUACAUCAAAUAGGUUAAAUGUGUAAAAUAUCAUGUUGAGAGGUCUGUUUCGUAAAGUAUUUUGUUGUAUUGGAAAAUCUCCAAACACGUUUGUAAUAUCACACAGAGAGUUUCUCGUCGACCAAAAAGUCAUGAUGUCUUUCUGUUCGUCAAUUUUUAGCUCAAUGCUUUUCCCUCCACGAGCCCUCGCACUGUAUAUAUAUAUAACGAUUUCAGAGCAAUCUGUAUGCGCUGGAAGUAAGAUAAAUAACCAUAAAAGCAUCUACACAGAAACAACGAGUGAUCGUUCCUGAGCAAGCACUGAAGGAGGGACGCUCCCGACAAUCGCUCGCCUUCUUUGUCCACCCGGAUGACUCCACCCUCAUCUCAUGUCUGGAUGGCUCCUCGCUAUAUCCGCCCAUCACUAGCUAUGACUACCUAAAGCAGCGCUUUGAGGCUACCUACUAGGGCCCCAACCAUCUGGACUACCCAAAACAGCUAACUACCUCAUUCUGUGUUAAGGACCCACCUGUGCCCAAUAAUCAGAAGCCAUCAUAAGCUAAUAUAGUAUCAGGUGAUGCUGGUUGCAUCAGACUGUGAUAAAGACGGGGACAAGUGGAGAUAGAGAAAAAAACUGCAGAAAGAGAUACAUAGACACCAAUUUCUGGAUCUUUGCGGGUUUGGAUUGUGAUGCCCCUUUCUGUCAUACGUCAUCAUUACCUACUGCCCAUGUAUCUUGCAUGUAUCGUGUAUUGUGCUCGGCUGUGUGUGCGCUAAAUAAAUCCUGUCAUUAUUAAAA